AUGGAAGAGGGACGUCGACAUGAAAGGAAACGUCUUGGCGCCCCAUGCGUUGUUGUAGAACAGGCCCAGCAUAGCGGCGUACCAGAUAACAUACCCGAUCCAGGCGUUGAGCUGCUGCUUCAGGGGGAGCGCCAGGUACGUGCUCUGGAUGUACUGCCAAUCGAGCGAGAAGUUGAACAGCCCCAUGCCCUCGUUAGACGACGCGCCGCCGAAGACGGUCGAGAAGAUCUUGCGCGUAUUGGUUGGGGCGUUCAUAGACGCGAGGCAGAAGAUGGAGAUGCCGCCGAACCAUGUCACGAUGUACGCGGGGAAGAUCUCCCAGACGGCAGCGAUGCUGAGGGCCCAGCCAAACUUGAUCAGACGGUCACGGUUGGCGCGGCGGUCGAAGUGCAGGUUCUGGAAGAGCACCACCUGCGGCAGCGUCGUCCAGUAGACCAUCUCGGCGGGGUACACGAUCAAGGGUCGCAGCAAUCCGGCCAGGACGAAGCCGCAGAGCGAGAUGGAAAAGGUGGCCAGGACGGCGGUGGAGGCCGUGACGGCGCGGUCGUAGAAGAGCCGUUCGACGGCGUAGAUUUCCACUCCGGAGAGACCGUUGUUACCGGACGAGGCGAUGAGGGACGCGACGACGUGCUCCUUGAUCUGGAAAGGCUGUCCAAAGUUGAGGAAGCGUAG